AUGAAAGAAAAUUCCAAAUACAACUUGGCCUAGAUCGCCAAAUUUCGUCGUGUAUUCAUCUUUAAUGCGACCAUGUGCACUAAUUCCCAAAUCACCCGAUAUUCUUGCUGCGAAAACGCGUUGACCAAUCACUGGCUCAUUGCAAAACCUUUCUGAUACGCACGCACGUAGGGGAUCAUUCCUUAUCCUUUAUAGUUAAACACACAGUACGGAACCAAAGCUCUCUCUGAGUUCGAGUUCACAGAGCAAAAAUGGAGAGUUUUAUGAAAAAUUUCGAGUUGGAUAAUAAAAAUCCAUCGGAAGAGACGUUACAGAGAUGGAGAGACGCCGUUUCUAAACUGACGGUCAAGAAUCCGCGGCGGCGCUUUCGUAUGGUCGCUGAUCUUGCUAAACGAGCCGAAGCUCUCAAGAAAAAACGCUCCAUUCAGGAGAAGAUACGAGUUGCUUUGUAUGUCAAAAAAGCAGCGUUGCAGUUUAUUGAUGCUGCUGUCACAGCUGAUGUGGCUGGUGGUUUGCCAGCGGAAUCCAAGGUCUCUGAGGAAGUCAGGAGUGCAGGUUUUGGAAUCGGACCAGAUGAACUUGCAUUCAUUGCUCGUGAGCAUGAGUUUAAAGGGUUGAAGAUGCAUGGGGGAGUUGAAGGGAUAGCACGGAAAGUUGAUGUCUCACUGAAAGAUGGCAUUAAUGGAAGUAGUAUACCUAGCAGGCAAAAUAUUUAUGGAUGCAAUCGUUUUACUGAGAAACCUGCUCGAAGUUUUUGGUCGUUUGUUUGGGACGCUUUGCAGGAUUUAACUUUAAUUAUUCUAAUUGUCUGUGCUAUAGUUUCUAUAGGCGUUGGAAUCGCUACUGAAGGAUGGCCCAGGGGCAUGUAUGAUGGAUUAGGAAUCAUACUCAGUAUAAUGUUGGUAGUCAUGGUUACAGCCAUUAGUGACUAUAAGCAGUCCUUGCAAUUCAGGGAUUUGGAUAAGGAAAAGAAAAAGAUUUCUGUGCAAGUAAUAAGGGAUGGUAGAACGCAAGAAAUCUCCAUUUACGACUUGGUUAUUGGUGAUGUUGUUCAAUUAUCAACGGGAGACAUAGUUCCGGCUGAUGGGAUUUAUAUAUCAGGAUAUAGCUUAGUCAUUGAUGAGUCAAGCUUGUCAGGAGAGAGCGAACCUGUGAAUAUUAAUGGUAAAAAACCUUUUCUUCUUUCAGGGACGAGAGUGCAAGAUGGGUCAGGAAAGAUGCUAGUGACUGCGGUUGGUAUGAAAACUGAAUGGGGAAAGUUGAUGGAGACUUUAAAUGUGGGUGGAGAAGAUGAGACCCCACUACAGGUGAAGCUGAAUGGUGUUGCUACAAUUAUUGGAAAGAUUGGUUUGGGCUUUGCUGUGCUUACAUUUUUGGUGUUGACUGUAAGGUUUGUUGUGGAGAAAGCACUUCGUAAUGAAUUCACACAUUGGUCAUCUAGUGAUGCUUUUGCACUUCUUGACUAUUUUGCUAUUGCAGUAACCAUAAUAGUUGUUGCUGUUCCUGAAGGAUUACCGUUGGCAGUGACUUUGAGUCUUGCCUUUGCAAUGAAGAAACUAAUGCAAGACAAGGCACUUGUAAGGCAUCUAUCUGCAUGUGAGACCAUGGGUUCUGCUAAUUGUAUUUGCACGGAUAAAACGGGGACCCUGACUACUAAUCACAUGGUAGUUGAUAAAAUAUGGAUAUGCGGGAAAACUAAGGAUAUUAAAAGCAAAGAUGAAGAAAAUUUGGGAUCCGAAAUAUCUGAAGCUAGUUUGAGCUUCCUUUUGCAGGUGAUAUUUCAAAAUACUGGUUGUGAAAUUACCAAGGAUGAGGAUGGAAAGAGAAAAACUUUGGGAACACCAACAGAAAAAGCACUUUUGGAAUUCGGCUUGCUUUUGGGUGGUGAUUUUGAGGCACAGCGCAAAGAGUUUAAGACACUCAAGGUUGAGCCUUUCAGUUCUGACAGGAAGAAGAUGUCUGUGCUUGUAGCUCUUCCUGAAGGGAGUUUUCGGGUUUAUUGCAAAGGCGCUUCAGAAAUUGUACUAAAAAUGUGCAACAGGGUGGUUGAUGACAGUGGAAAUUCUGUUCCUCUUUCUGAAGAACAGGUGGGGAAUGUUUCAGACAUCAUAAAUAGCUUUGCCUGUGAUGCUCUGAGAACCUUGUGCUUGGCUUUUAAGGAUUUAGAUGAUGGUACUGCAGAAAGCAGCAUUCCUGAUUCUGGCUACACACUAGUAGCCAUUGUCGGAAUCAAGGAUCCCGUUCGUCCUGGAGUGAAGGAUGCUGUUCGAACUUGUUUAGAUGCUGGAGUUACUGUUCGUAUGGUAACUGGUGAUAACAUAAAUACUGCUAAAGCUAUAGCCAAAGAAUGUGGAAUACUGACAGAGGGUGGCUUAGCCAUAGAUGCCUCAGACUUUCGCAAUAAGACCCCUGAAGAGAUGAGGGCCAUUAUACCAAAAAUUCAGGUGAUGGCUCGGUCUUUACCAUUGGACAAACAUACCUUGGUAACCAAUUUGAGGAAUAUGUUUGGGGAGGUUGUAGCAGUAACUGGUGAUGGGACCAAUGAUGCUCCAGCUUUGCAUGAGGCAGACAUUGGACUUGCUAUGGGCAUAGCAGGAACCGAGGUUGCGAGAGAGAAUGCUGAUGUCAUCAUAAUGGAUGACAAUUUCAAAACCAUUGUGAAUGUUGCUAAAUGGGGGCGUGCUGUCUACAUUAACAUCCAAAAAUUUGUGCAGUUUCAGCUGACAGUUAAUGUUGUGGCUCUUAUUAUUAAUUUUGUUUCUGCAUGCAUCUCAGGAUCCGCUCCAUUAACAGCUGUGCAGUUGCUUUGGGUUAACAUGAUAAUGGACACUCUAGGCGCCUUAGCACUGGCUACAGAACCUCCCGUUGACGAAUUGAUGAAACGUCGUCCUGUAAGCAGGGGUGAAAGUUUCAUCACAAAAGUCAUGUGGCGGAAUAUAUUUGGUCAGAGUAUUUAUCAACUGGCCGUCCUUGGAGUUCUCAAUUUUGACGGGCAGCGCCUUUUGGGACUUAAUGGUCCUGAUGGUACUAAGACUCUCAAUACUUUGAUAUUCAACUCCUUUGUGUUUUGUCAGGUGUUUAAUGAGAUAAACAGCCGUCAAAUGGAGAAGAUAAAUGUAUUCAGAGGGAUGUUUGAUAGCUGGAUAUUCUUAGGGGUUAUGGUUGCAACAGUGGCAUUCCAAGCAAUCAUCAUCGAGUUUCUGGGAACUUUUGCAAGCACAGUGCCACUGAACUGGAAACUGUGGCUUCUCAGCGUCUUGAUCGGGGCAGCAAGCAUGCCUGUUGCAGUAAUCCUAAAGUGCAUCCCUGUCGGAAAAAGCACCCCUAAGCAGCAUGACGGUUAUGAUGCUCUCCCUAGUGGUCCAGACUUGGCUUAAAAGGCUGCUGUAUCAUGAAACAUAAGACUCGAGUUCUGAUGAUGGAGAUGACAUUUCUUGCAGUGCAAGAAAAAACAUCGGAUAUUUGACUGUUUCCGAAGACUACAAUCCGUGAUGCUCUCUGUGCUAUGACACCGUUAACUUCUUUUUGUUGUGAUUACGUUUUAUGAAUACUUGCUGCUAACUAUCAUUUGUAUAAAAACCACAGGACCUUUUUGCUCUUCAUUUUCAUUUGAUACUAUGACACAUUACAUUUUUUUGAUUUAACUUUGAGGUCCUUGUAAUUCACUUUUUGUUGAACUAAUCCGAUGGGUGAACUUUUUGA